CAUUCGUGCGCAUUCUUAGAUGCCGCGGAGGUGGAUCAGCUAGCACUCAAUGGCCGAGGUUCAUAAUUCACGAGCACCUUUUUAAACUCGGCUUUGCGUCGUCCAUUCACCGGGUUUCGCAUUAUCGGACAACGACGUCAGGGCAACUUCAUUGUCCUUGUCCGUUUUAAAUCCAAAUCUUCUUAUACAAAUCCUAUGCCCUUAUAUAUAGAUAUUUCCUUUAUCAAUGGAGGUGUACACUGAUACUAAUAUCUAAGUUGCGUUUCCUGCUACAUGUCUCAGUAGCAAUUAAAGGGUCUUAUUAGUGCCUUUUAACCAGACGACGGCUUUAUCCGCAAAGGUGCAGCUUAGCUGGGAGUCUUAGUAUUAGUCCACCAGUCCACCUGUCUUACCUUCGACCUUGCUACCUAGGUAGCUAAUAAUCUAACAAUUGUGCCCCAACCUUCCUUCAUAUCUACCUAGAUACCUAGAUACGGGUGCAUCGUCGAUCCAUACGUCCACAGCGCAACUUGCCGAGUGGGACGAAUACAUAUUUCCUACCCGCAGGAAUCCGUAGGAAACAUUACUCGCUUGCUAUGGCCGCACAAUCGAAACCUGUCCCGUUACCAUCAUGGGGUUAUGCUGUAGCUGGUUCCACUGGGGCUGUCUUAGCUAACGCUCUGGUAUAUCCUCUGGAUAUAGUAAAAACGCGAUUGCAAGUCCAAGUAAAACGGAAACCCGGAGAGACGAGCGAACAUACCGAUCCCCAUUAUGCCUCAACCUGGGACGCAAUCUCUAAGAUUUCUGCCGAAGAUGGAAUUAAAGGAUUAUAUGCUGGCAUCAAUGGCGCUCUAUUAGGAGUGGCUUCUACCAACUUCGCCUACUUCUAUUGGUACUCGAUCGUGCGGGAGCUCUAUUUCAAGUCGCAAAAAUCACCUGCACCGCCAUCUACGGCUGUCGAAUUGAUACUUGGAGCAGUAGCCGGUGCAGUGGCCCAAUUGUGCACAAUUCCCGUUGCUGUAGUUACGACAAGGCAGCAGACACAGAGCAAGGCAGAUAGGAAAGGUCUAAUUGAUACGGCCCGUGAGGUUAUCAACAGUGAGGAUGGUGUUUUUGGUCUCUGGAGGGGACUUAAAGCUAGCUUGGUGUUGGUCGUUAACCCGGCCAUUACCUAUGGCGCUUAUGAACGUUUAAAGGGCGCUCUCUUUCCUGGGAAGACUCGUCUCACUGCGGGAGAAGCUUUCCUUCUUGGUGCUAUGUCGAAAGCACUAGCCACCCUCGUCACGCAACCUCUUAUAGUUGCCAAAGUCGGCUUACAAUCAAGGCCCCCGCCUCAACGUCAGGGUAAACCGUUCAAGGGGUUCAUCGAGGUAAUGCAAUUUAUCAUUCAGCACGAAGGCUUAAUGAGCCUCUUCAAGGGCAUCGGCCCCCAGAUUAUAAAGGGCUUUUUGGUGCAAGGCUUACUUAUGAUGACUAAAGAGCGGAUGGAAUUCCUAUUUAUCCUACUAUUCAGAUACGUCCGGAAGCUCCGGUCAGAGCAGCUUGCCAAAGCGGCUACACUUGCAGCAAAUGCUGCCUCCAAGGCCAAGGUCGUUGUCCCUAUCACAACUAAAUAACAAUACGGCUUAAUAGAGGUGUCUUAUUAGUCUUAUUAGAAGGGGAACUCACGGAUCGGGUCAUCUUGAAAGAUAUGAGUCUAGGGAUAGAUGUGUGUAUACACUAGACAAGGGAUGCUUCAUUUAUAUUAUCGUAUGCACUACAGGUUAGGAGUCUAGGCAAACAUAGGACAGGCAUAUAAGAAAAUUCUAUCUCACAGCGAAUUUGCAUCAUAGCAUAUGGCCUUAGUAUAAAAUUGAAAAAUAAUGAAUUCGGC